AUGCCAAGGCAACACUUGACCCCAAACGCCUGUCUUGUAUGUCGGAAGAAGAGAACAAAGUGUGACGGCCAGUUGCCGUGCCGCAGGUGCAGGUCACGGGGAGAAGAGUGCGCGUACGAGGACAAGAAGUGGCGGACCAAAGAUCAUUUGAGGUCGGAAAUCGAGAGGCUGCGGGCAGAGCAGCGGCAAGGCCACGCCCUUAUCCGGGCCCUCACAAACAACGACCCGGAGAGAUGGGAGACGGUGAUGGGCCGGCUACGAGCCGGAGAACCACCGGACACCAUCGCAGAAUGGAUUCAUUCCGAGAAUUGCCUGUCAGGGAAGCAGAGUCACCCUGUGCGGCCCUCUGCAGAGUCUCCUUUCCGCGAUGACAUUUCUCGGUAUUUAUCCUCCCCCUUUCGGCCCACAGGCACGCUAGGCAUGGAGACCAUGUCCGCUGAGAGAAUCGAAAGGAUUGAAAUAGCACGGCUCGGUACUGCUAAAGACCAAGGCCAUGGCUACGCGAUGUGCAGCAUCAGGGUUGGCCAUGUCAAGAGCUCCAGCGCGUCUCCCAUGAGACUUUCCCCUUUCCGAGGCUCUCUCCCUUCUCAGCCAUCUCAUCAAUCCUUUCUGCUACCGGACAGGGAUGGGCAUCUACAUGCGCCACCUCCUGAAACCCGAGCAGAUGGGCCAAUUCUUCGCACCUGGACCAAGGUCACACACGACACACGACUUGUCCAGCAACUGCUCGAUUUGUUCUUCUCUAACUCGCUGCCGCACCUCUCCCUGGUCUCGCAGCCGCAGUUCAUGCGCGAUUUUAAAGAGGGCACGCCCCGCUACUGCUCCGAAGCCCUCGUGAACGCCAUGCUAGGCAUGGCGUGCAGGCUCACAAGCCAAACGACCCAGCCGAUUCCCCAUAUCAGUUCCAGAGAGGCAUUAUUUAUAACCGAAGCCAAGGCGCUGCUGGCGACCGAGGAAACCCACGUCAACCUGCCCAGUAUACAGGCGCUCGGGGUGCUGGCGCUGGCGGAAAUGAGCCGUGGAAAUGAGGACGAGGCCGGUGAUCUCGCCCGCGAGUCCGUCAGACAAUGUAUCCGCUUCGUCCUGGAAACCCAGCGGCUGGACAGCCUGCAGGACGAGGAUUUCAGGGCGGUGCGAGCCGCGGCGUAUUGUGGAGGAUUCUCCCUGAUCCGAGCACUGAGGUUGCUGACGGGCGAUCUGGAGCCCAAAACUGGACCCUUGUUCAUGCGCCUUCACCCCGACUCCCGAGACCAGGGCGAGGACUCGCCCGAGUCACGUGUAGAAAGAGGGAUCGCCUUGCAGAUGCAGUUCUUUACUGAACUGCCGCACUGUCCGUCGCUUGUGCGGUUCGUUUUCGAAGUCACUGAGGCCGCCCACACCUUCUCGUCGUACAAUUACUCCAGGGCCAUGACGGCUGCGGAUCUCGACGGGGCACUGAGCAAAUGCGUGAGCUGCCACGGCCGGUUUGUCGAGUCGUUCGCGUUCGACACCGAUGGUGGACCUGACGUCUUCUUCGCCCAAAUAUGGUACCACUUCUGUCUUCUCAGCUUGCUGCAGCCAUUCGCCAGCAGCUCGGCAAGCCUCGUCGAUGGUUUACCCACGAGCUUGAUUGGCGAUGCCUCCUCGCCGAAAGCGGUGUGCCAGCGGGCCUCGGAGGCCAUCAUUAUCCUAGCGGAUACAUACCAGAGCCGCUACUCCCCGGCAUGCCUGCCGCCGCUGCUACCAUACAUGGUGUUUGCUGCCGUGCUGUACCAGCUGUCUCUGGACAUGGAACAGCCGCUGGUUUCGAACGAAGAAGAUCGCCACGUCAAAGCAGACUCGCCGCCUGACGUCAAGCUCUCCCCGCCUGACGUCAAGCUCUCGCCGCAGAUUACGCACAGCUCGGUACGCAGCGACUUGAAGCCAGGUAUGGCCGCGGCAAGCCUUCCGCUGUCCACAGAUGCAGUGUCCCAAGACGGAUUGCCAGAACCGGUGUCGCCCCUCCUCUCCACAUGCAUGCAGCGUCAUACUAGCACGAGUGCUUCAACACGGGUGGAACGGAGACCUUCGGCUGCUUCUUCGGCAUGCUUCUCAGCCGACGCCGAACCGUCGCGGCGAUCGAGCGUGUGUAGUUUCAUAACCGCCAACAGCCUGAGCACCACCAUCUCGGAGGAAGGGGAUGACUCUCCGGAUGCAGCGGCAGCGGCAACAUGGUCGUCAUCGGGCUUGCUGAUGCCGACCUUUGGCGCCUCCAGGCCGGCCGACCUGGUGACGGUUGGCUCGCUGCAGCUUGAGUCCAUGGGCGCACAGCACGCGGGCGCUGCUCACGCCGCGAGAUGGCUCAGGGCGGCUACGGUCUGGGCUCAGCCGGAGUUGGCGUCUACGGGGUUGGGGUUGGGGCAGCUCGAUCAAGCCCCGUCUGAUUCUUUCGUCGUUACUCCCCUGGAAGUUGGUGGGUUCACUGGGUUGAAUACACCAGCACCUGCGUUGCAUGCUGGUUAG